AUGGCCUACCCCCCGGCUGGUGAAGAUAUUAUCAUUAACAUCAUUCCACGAGACCAAACCCUAACUGACAUUUCAUCGGAACUGCCCGAUGCAGAUUGGCCAGAAUGCUGUAUCUACAGGGUUCCCAAGCUACUGCGCAAGGUAAAUGAAGAUGCCUACACCCCUAAGCUAAUUUCAAUAGGCCCCUUUCAUCACAACGGAAAAGAAUUGAGGGACAUGGAAAUGCACAAACUAAGAUAUUUUAAGAAGUUCUUGGAUCGAACUCGGAAGAGCGAGGAGGAUUUUAGAAAGAUCAUUGAAGACGACAAAAAAAAAAAUCGUCUUUGCUAUUCAGAAGACUGUAGCCUCAAUAGUGGAAAUUUUGUAAAAAUGAUUCUCUUGGAUGCCAUCUUUAUAAUUGAGCUCUUCUUAAAGGUUAAAGAAAAAAGAGAAGAUGAAGAAAAGGGUAAGACGAAAGUCGAAGAAGAAGAUUAUAUUCUACGGAAAAUAUGGCUGGCAAAUGGUAUAUAUUAUGACUUGCUAUUACUUGAGAAUCAGCUUCCUUUUUUUGUUCUUGAGAAACUAUAUAAGUUGGCCUUCAAUGACUCUUCCAGCUGCAACCAUCGCGAAGAAGGCAAGCCAGUUGAGGAACACAAAAAGGACCUGAAGAAAGAGGAUGCUCCCUUUGUCAAGCUUUUCCGCAUUUACUUUACUUACUAUGAUCAAAAGCUAAAGUCCAUUGGCGAGGAAGUAAUUCAAGGACCCACCGGUGAGAAAAUAAUAACCGAAAGACGCAUCGGUGUGGAAGUAAAGCAUUUCACAGAUGUGUUGAGAUAUUUGUUCUGUCCACCAUCCAUGGAACAGGAGUGGAAGAGUGAAAUGGAAGAGGACUGGAAGAGUGAAGAAGGAUGUCAGGUUUCAUGCAAAAAAAACAAAAAAAGGAACUCUGGUACUCAAUUUUGUGCCACAAAGCUUAACGACGCAGGAUUGAAAUUUCAAGUUGAAGAUGAUACAUGCUUAGUUGGCAUAACACUCCCUGGGUGCUUGGGACGCUAUGAUGUGUGCUUCAAUUUCCUUCGCAGCCAUUGCUUACAAUGCUUUAGAUGCUUGAUAUGCUUUCUGUUGACAUGCUUUCCGUUUACAUGCUUCCUUGGGUGCUUUGGAUACCCUAUGCAUGUCUUGAGAGUCCCGCAACUUAUGAUAGACCACGGUACUGAAGCUAUCUUCCGAAACCUCAUGGCUCUGGAGCAGUGUCAUUAUCCAUCUAAAACUUACAUCUGCAGUUAUGUUUUGCUAUUGAACCGUCUUAUUGACACUGACAAAGAUGUGACUUUGCUUGUUGAUAAGAAGGUCAUUGCUAACCACCUUGGUAGCAACGCUGACGUGGCUACUCUAAUUAACAAACUCGGAGAUCAAAUUGUGGCAAGUACACCCUCUUAUUUCGAUUAUAUCGCUCAACAGCUUAAUGAGCACUAUGAGUUCCCUUUGAACCAUUUGUUGGCAACCCUGAAAAGCGAGUAUUUCCCCAAUGUUUUUAGAGGCACAGCAACUAUUGUUGGGCUUAUUGUCCUGGGUUUCACUCUCUGGAAUUUCCUUAGGCCUUAUGUCAUGUAG